CAGCUCCCUCAUCUCCCUAGAACCGCCUUUGGAGGACGUCUUGCGACGGGGAGAGCGUGCUCUACUAGGCAGGCCGGCUCGGUUCAACUUUCACCGCGAGCGUCCCGCAUGUUUGCUCGCGUGCGCCGCGCCAUGAGGUGUAGAUGAGCGCCGCACGACGUCUUCCCGUCUCAGCAGCUCACCAGCCUCCACCAUGGACACGACUGCGGUCGCGCCGAAGGGUGCGGCGCUGGCCUCACCCAAGGUCGUUAAGAACUCCAAGGGCGCUCUCGUGCCGAGCAGCCAGAUGGCACACAUUGCGUACGGCUGUGAGCACAUGGGGAAUAUGCUGGAGAAUGCCCGCAAGCAGACGUUUGCGUACUAUCGGGCGAUCCUGCAGAAUAUCCACGAGAAGCCGAGCGUAAUAGCCCAGACGUACAAGAACUCGCCCGACGGCCGGCCCGUUGUCUCCCUCCGCCCGCUCUACCUCUGCCUACAAUGCCCGAGCAUAAUGACGGAGGCGGAUCGGGAUGAGCAUAUUGAUUCUAAGCGGCAUUGCUUCUCCGUGGAGUCUCGAGACGGCAACAUCUACUGCGGAGACUGCCAGGAUUUCAUCUACGACACUGAUCUGGAGGCUAGGAGGCUACAGAAAGGCAAGAAGCGGAAGUUCGAAGACACCACGACCACCGACGACCACAAGCUGAUCAUCAACAAUUCGACCUUCCUCCCCUGCCGAGCAAUUGGCCUCCGCGGUCUCUACAACAUGGGACAGACCUGCUUCAUGAGCGUCAUCCUCCAGACAUUCAUACACAACCCAUUUAUCCGGAACUUCUACCUCUCUGAAGGACACAAGACGGCGGAUUGCGAGAAGGAGUCGUGCGUCAGCUGCGCUCUAGAUGAGAUGUUCGUCGAGUUCCAUUCGGUCGAGAAGACGGAGGGCUUUGGCGCCGUCAACAUGCUCAUGGGUAGUUGGCUGGCUGGAGAGGCCCUGGCAGGAUACCAGCAGCAAGAUGCGCACGAAUACAUGCAAUUCAUGCUGAAUACCCUUCACCUCCAGAACGGCGGUUCGACCGACUCCGACGAUUGCACGUGCGUGGUCCACCAGACCUUCUACGGCCAGCUCUCAAGCACGGUUACCUGCGAUAAUUGCCGGAAUACAACCACGGCCCUAGAUCCAUACAUGGACCUGAGUCUCGACGUGCGGACUCUGCCCAAGAAACGGAAACUAGAUACAGGCGGUGGAGACGACGCUCAGCUGGAUCUGCGGGAUUGCCUGGACAGAUUUACAGGGAGGGAGACGCUGGGGCAAGCUGAAUAUACUUGCCGGAACUGCGAUAGUGGCCAGAAUGCCACAAAGCAGCUGAGGAUAAAGCGGCUGCCGCCGGUUCUCCCUAUCCACCUAAAGCGCUUCGAGCACUCCAAAGCCACCUCCUCGAAAAUCGAGACCCGCGUCAGCUUCCCGAUGAAGCUCGACCUCUACCCCUACACCGCACAAUACCGAUCCACCCAGACCAAAGCUUCAAAAGCCUCCGGGCCGCCGAACACCACCCACAACAUGAACACACCGCAGAACAGCCUCUUCUACGAGCUGUCAGCCGUCAUCGUACAUAAGGGCAAGAUCGACUCCGGCCACUACGUUAGCUACUCCCGAGAGGGCAACGACUGGUUUCUGUUCGACGACAGCAAGGUGGUGCUCGUUAGCGAGGCGGAAGUCCUCAGUGCGGAGGCAUACCUGCUGUUCUACAUGGUCAGUGGUCUGGAAGUGUGAGUUUCUGCGGCCACCUACCCUUCCGUUUUGUCUUUUGUGUAUGAACUGUUAUUCACUGUUUCUCUUUACUACGGUCGCGAAGACGUGAGCAUUGCCAUUGCUCAACGGAUCUCCGCGGAGCAACAUGAUUGGGCUGUAUAUUACAUGGCCUCAGGAGAUGUUGAGGCUGUCUUCGGAUGCAUUUCUUGGCGUUUUCGUCUUCUUGGCCCGGGCUGGAGGCACAACAUACCACACCUUUUUUUUUCCUGUACUGCAAAAGCAGCGGCAUGGGCGUUUUGGCAUAGUCACCGUACAUCGAAUGCGGUUGGGGAAAGAUAUCAGGGACGGGAUUGGGCUCCGUUCGCAGGCACUUUUCGCAAGCGCGAGCUGGAGAUUUGGUAAUUGCUCCAUAUAGAAUUACAUAUGGGAAGCGCGAUUUCUUCUUUCUCGGAA